AUGGAAGAGGACCCUCGAGAGUUAUCUUAUUCCUCGGAACAUAUAGAACAACUUCUCCAGUGUGCUAUCUGCCUCGAUCGUUUUAAACAGCCUAAACUUCUACCAUGCCAGCAUACAUUUUGUGAAACACCAUGCCUUGAAAAUCUUGUCAACUUUCUCACAAGAAGUAUAAAAUGUCCAGAAUGUCGGGCGGAGCACCGUGUACCCUAUCAAGGUGUGUCGUCGUUUCCCAACAAUCUUACGAUAAGGAAUUUUCUAGAAAUUCCGACAAAACGUGUCCGUCGGACCAGUGGUGGUGCGGGGGAUGGGGCAGGGAGUUCCUCUGUUGCAUCAGGAAGCAGUGGUGUAGCAGGGGGUAGCGGGGGUGCAUGUGCUUCAAGUGUGGGAGGACAGUAUAUAAAUGCUGUGGUCCAGGAGCGAGAGCCACCUACAGCGGCAGCAUCCCGCUCCGGGUGUACAAUAUGUACAAGGGAGACAACUUUGUCAAGAUGUGCUCACUGUGACCAAGUUGUAUGCGAUGCUUGUAAAAGAUCUCAUAUGGACCAUAUCAAGCUGGAUGUGGCACGUCUAGUAAGUCAGAUACGACGUGGUAUACCACACAUGUCUGAUGCUGUCAAUCACAUGGAGAUUAAGAUUGAAGCAUUAAGGCAACGGUCGGAGGGUGGUAAGGCAGAAAUCACUGAAAUCAUUGAAAAGUACAUAGCAGACCUUCGGGGACGCCAAAGGUUGUUACACAGUGAGGUGGAAAUGUUUCUCCUUGGAGAGAUACGGGCUCUCAGGAUGCAUCAAGAAAACCUUGAGGUAGAGAUGGCUAGUAUAGCUAGUUUCUGUGAUACAAAUGAGUCAACACUGAGCAGAUCUCAACAAAGUGUUCCUGAUGAGGACGUCGUAGAGGCAAAGAAACAAUGUGUGGAAUACAUGGAAUUACUACGUUCCUAUGAAUUAGGAAAUUAUCCCACACCAAGGGAACGCUCUCUUCAAUUUUACAUGGAGGAAAACAGACUUUCAAAUGCUAUUGCUGGUUUUGGAGAAAUUGUUACUAAUAACUCGCAGUCCACUUCUGAGAGUCAGUCAUCUGCUUCAUCGAGGGAUUCCUCGCCCCUCGUGUCUCUGACAAACAUUGUGUCCUCAGGCACCUCCUCUCUAGCUACCACCACCUCCACUACCUCCAUGGCUAGUACUGGCCCCAUGAAUACUGACAGAGCCUUGGCACUCAUUAGAGGAAACCACCUUCUGAAUGCUUUUACAACGCCUGCUCCAUCUUCUGACUCUGAUUCUGAGUCACGGAACAACCCCCUACCGAGGAGGACACUUCAGGAGAGGCGACGUGCACAUAUGUCUGACACAAGAAUUGCUGGGUUGCUGGCAAGUGGUGGUGGAGGUGGCGGUGGUGGUGGCAGUGGUGGUGGGGGUGGCACUGGCGGUGGUAGUAGUAGUUCCAGCCCAAGGACCUCAACAGCCAGUGCUUUAAGGGAGCGUCGCUUGAAUCGUAGUCUGAGUACUGGAGCUUCUUUAUUUACACCUGGAACAAGUCUCACAAAUCAGUCCUCAACUCCCAUACAAGAAGAAUCCUCAAACUUAUCUUCACCACGACCGAGAAGAGCAGAACGAAGCAAUACUUUUAGCAGAGAGGAAAGUAAUGCUGGGUCUGAGGUGGUGGUACCACAAACCUCACGUGUCAGUUCAGCAGGUGCUCGUAGUAGGGCCAGGCCACCAGUCAGGUUUGAUGUAGGCCUCAAUGACAAUGGAGGUCAAGGGGACUUACCAGGACUGGAACUAUUGUCUUUCACUGAAAAUGAGAGUUGUGUCGUCACUACAGCUACAAACAACUAUCAGGAUAAAGGAAGGGCCAUUAUCAGAUUCGGACAGAGAGGUACAGACUUCAUGCAGUUCACCUGGCCUCGUGGUGUGGCAACAACGCGUGAUAAUAAUAUACUUGUAGCUGAUAGCAGCAACCACAGAGUACAAGUUUUUGAUUCUGUUGGAAAGUUUGUGAAGGUUUUUGGCUCCUAUGGUCAGGGAGAUGGUGAGUUUGAUUGCCUAGCAGGAAUAGCUGUCAACAGCUUUGGUCAAGUCAUAAUAUCUGACCGCUAUAACCACCGUUUACAAGUCUACAAUCGGCGUGGUGAAUUUGAAUUGGCCUUUGGUGUAGAGGGGUCAGAACAAGGACAAAUGUUGUAUCCUUGGGGUGUUGCUUGUGAUAACAUGGGCUUUAUCUACGUGUGUGACAAAGAAAAUCACAGAAUACAGGUGUUCCAAUCAAAUGGCAGGUUUGUGCGAAUGUUUGGAGCGCUUGGACACCCUUGUGGUCUGUUUGAAAAUCCUCAUUAUGUGGCCAUCAGCCCAGAUAACAAGAUUUACAUCAGUGACAGCAGUAACCAUCGGAUACAAGUCUUCUCCAUGUACGGAGACUUCUUGUUUGCAUUUGGGUCUCCAGGCACUUUGGAGGGCCAGAUGAGAUUCCCCAAGGGCAUUGCCAUUGACGACCAAGGAUUUGUUGUCGUUGCCGACUCUGGUAACAACAGAGUGCAAGUAUUCCGUGGAAACGGCAGGUUUUACUGUAUGUUUGGAUCUUAUGGGAGUGACAAUGGACAAUUCAAGGGUCUAGAAGGUGUGGCCAUUCUUGGCAACGGAAAUAUUGUUGUUAGUGAUAGAGAAAAUCAUCGAAUUCAAAUUUUUUGA